AUGGCCCCCCCGACCGACGCAACCUCUGUGUUGGAUGCCCAGAAGUCGGCGCCCGCGGACCUCAAGGCUGUCGCCGAGUUCCUGCGCGGCAAGCACGGACCAAAGGUCCGUCGCGGCGUGCUGAACGGCAAGCGUGUCGACUACUUCAAGGGCAAGACUGCUGUGCGCGUCCUCAUGGGUCCCCAGUACCAGAAGCUCAAGAAGGUUCCCGCCGUCAAGGAUGAGGCCGAGGCCGCUGCCCUCAUCGCCCAGAUCCUCCCUCGAGCCUUCUUCCUUCGCGUCGACCGCCCCGUGAUGGACCCGCCUGCCAAGAGCGGCAUGCCCAAGCUCCUCAACCUCGCGCCCCAGCAGCAGUUCGACCCCGCGGUCCACUACGCCUGGUUCUACGACGGCUCGCCCCUCUGGACUAUUGUGGGUGGUAUUGCCAUGGUCAUCGUCAUGCUCGCCGGUGUCAUGUUCCCCCUCUGGCCCGAGAAGCUCCGCAUCGGCGUGUGGUACCUCUCGGUCGGCGCGCUGGGUCUUGUGGGCGCGUUCAUCGUCCUCGCCAUCAUCCGUCUCAUUCUCUGGUGUCUCACCAAGAUCGCCAUGCCCAAGGCUAUCUGGAUCUUCCCCAACCUCUUCGAGGAUGUUGGCUUUGUGGACUCGUUCAUCCCCGGCUGGGCCUGGGAUGAGCCCAAGAAAAAGAAGCUCCGCAAGGUUGGCGAGAAGCGCAGCAGCAAGAAGGACAAGGCCGCCGCCGCCGCGGCUGCUGACGGCGCUGCUGGUCCUGCCAUCACUGCCCCUCCUGCCGCUCCCGCUGCCUCCACUACCCCCGCUCCCAACCCCUCGGCCGGCCCUGCCGCCCCCGAGUCGGCGGGCGCGAGCACCGCUACCGCCCCGGCUCCCCAGCUUCGCAGCCGACAGGCGGCGACCGUGGAGGAGAUUGGCGACGACGAGUAG